UUUAUUUUCAUUUAAAUUGAUUUACCGGUCACGCGUUACAUGAGUCUGCGUCGUGUGUUCUGUUUUCGAUAUACUGUUACAAUGUUGGCAGUGCGUGAAUAUUCUGUUGGGAGACAACGUUUCCUGGCAACAAUGACAUUUGGCCCUGCAUAUUAACUGGCGCAUCUCAGGCCUAUAUAGUGCUAAAUGGCGCUAAUUGAGGCUCUCGCUUCACAUAUCUUCCGAGUCGAUUUGAUCGUUGUUUGGUAUGGUAGUACACUGCUGCUGGAAGCUGUGUCAGUUGGUUGUGUCUCCAUUGUCCAAGCUCUCAUCAAAGCAAAGGCAGAGGUACAGGCCACAAAUGAGGAUGGCCGCACAGCACUUCAUAUAGCAGCAAGAGCAGGCUUAACAGAUAUAGUCACUCAUCUGUUGAAGGCUGGAGCUAGAAUAGAUGCUCGCACAUUGGACGGGGAGACCAGCCUCCACCUGGCUGUGUGGCGGGAACACGAAGAUGUCGUCAGGCAGCUGCUAGCAGCAGGAGCCAAGGCCAACAUACAGAGCAAGGAUGGAUGGACCCCACUGAGAUGGGCUGCAAAACUAAACCACAUGGGAAUAGCUAAACUGCUAGUUGAACAUGGUGCUGCCAUCAACUAUAAAGCCAAGACAGGAGAAACUCCUCUAUAUGAAGCUCUGCUGCAAUGUCACUUUGAGAUGGCUAGGUACCUGGUUGUGGAGGGAGCUGAUGUCAACCUGGGCUCACAGAAAUCCAGUUUUCCACAUUUGAUUGCAAAGUGCAAACACUUUCAGAAUCAUGGCAAGAAGUAUUUGGGCAUGUUGACGGUAGCUGGGUAUAACAUCCACAAGGACAGACUGCUGAGUGCUGGGAGUGUCAUGCCUAAGUUGGCCAGUGAACUAGACCAAGAGACAUUCCAGCAGUGGCUGCAGUCUAGUCGGGAGACUGUGCCAAGUCUCAUGUGCUUGUGUCGGACACGUGUUCGCCGCAGAAUUGGAUACUGUGUUCAAGGCAGGAGUAUUCGCUCAUCUAUAAAGAAAACACAACUGCCACAUAUUUUGGUUGAUUUCCUUCUUUUUGAGAAUGACAUCAAUGAAAUUGAAGAUAGUGGUGGGUGAUAGCAAUUUUUGGGAGUUUUAUUAAUUUUUUACAUAAUUGUAUAUCAGUAUGUUGAAUGUGCAAUAAACAAUUGCAGGACUUCUA